CCAUCCGGUCACUUUCCGCAGACGGACUGAAGCAACAUGACAGCUGCAGCUAAUGAAAACAUGACUGUGGAUGUGGGAGAAGGAGCAGAAAUUGACGAUGAGGCCAAACUGCAGAUAUUAAAAGGGGCGGCCUUCCUGACCACGGUGGCGUCUGCAGGGAUGCUGGCGGGGUUCGGCUCCACGCUGGCGCUCGCCAAGAAAAAGAGCCCAGGCUGGUUUAGUAAGGGUGUAACGGCGACGGCGGCGGCCCCGGAGAGCGGCGCGUCCCUGGCCCUCAGAGCGCUGGGUUGGGGCUCUCUGUACGCCUGGUGUGGAGUCGGCCUGCUCAGCGUCACAGUGUGGAAAGUCCUCGGCGUUCACAGCUUGUCAGAGUUCAGACAGAAGAUGCAGUCUUUCUUCCCGUCCAUCCCCAAAACCUCCGAGGCUGCAGCUGGAUCCCAAGAUCUGGACUGGGACUCUGUCUUCAAGUCCAAAUGAUCUGCAGCUGGAUCCCAACAUCUGGACUGGGACUCUGUCUUCAAGUCUAAAUGAUCUGCAGCUGGAUCCCAACAUCUGGACUGGGACUCUGUCUUCAAGUCUAAAUGAUCUGCAGCUGGAUCCAACAUCUGGACCGAGACUGUCUUCAAGUCUAA